AUGUCCUUGAAAUCCCCCCGAUCCCCCACCCAUCAAGGCUUUCGCCCCCUCAAUUCUGCCAACAACUCCCGUACCGAGAUGCACGACAUCCCCCUCCAACCGGUCCGCAGCAAUACCAGCAUCCGCUCUCGUCGCGGUGCCGACGAUGAGAAACAAGGCUACUUCGGCCCUGGGCCGACCCAAUCCAACACCAAUGGCCCUAUGGUUGCGGGCCGCAGGCGCAUCCAGAAGGAAUUGAAGCGCGCGGGGUCGAGCGAUCUGAACGAAGAACCUGCCUCGUUGAAUGCGAUGGGCCGCCUGUAUGAGAAGAUCGUCGGCUUCUCUGUCGUCACGCGAUACCUAGUGUAUGUGGCACCCGUGGCGCUCUUGCUGGCGGCACCGCUCGUGGUUCUGCCCCUCACCGGUGACGGUGAUAAGGACCGGAUUAAGCUUGGAGAUGGAAAGAAUCACAGUUUGUUCCAGCUUUUCUUGUGGAUUGAGGUAUCAUGGUUGACGUUGUGGGCGGGGAAGUUGGUCGCCCAUUUCCUGCCGGGACUGUUUAUGUUCUUCUGUGGCGUUAUCAGCGCCGGGACGAAGAAGUAUGCGACUGUGCUGAAGGGGAUCGAGAUCCCGCUGUCGCUGUUCUUUUGGGGGCUGGCGAGCUGGCUGUCGUUCAAGUUUAUGUUCCUUGGAGCGAACAGGGAGUGGGUAACGGUCGUGGGGAGGAUCCUGCUAUCGCUGUUCCUGUCCUCGGCGGUCCUGCUCAUCGAGAAGUCCCUCGUCCAGCUGAUCAGCAUUACCUAUCAUCAGCGCUCUUUCGCCAACCGAAUCCAGGACUCCAAACGCGAUAUCCACCUCCUGAGUCUCAUGUUCGAUGCAUCCCGCAACCUCUUCCCCAUGUACUGCGAUGAGUUCGCCGAAGAGGACUACAUUAUUAAUGGCAGCCUCGACAUAAUGCUCACCGGAGGAAAAGUGAGUGGGAAGCCCAUGAAGUUGGUGGGUGAUAUGAGUCGGUUUGGCGACAAGAUCACCUCGGUGUUCGGCAACAUUGCGUCUGAAAUCACGGGCAAGAAGGUUUUCAACCCCAACUCGGCGCAUUCGAUUGUCGUGGAGGCGCUCGAGAGGACGCGCAGUUCUGAAGCCCUGGCCCGCCGCAUCUGGAUGUCCUUCGUCCCUGAGGGCAAGGAUACACUGACGCGGGAGGAUAUCAUUGAAGCGAUGGGUCCCAGCUAUCGCGAGGAAGCUGAAGAGAGCUUUGAUGCCAUUGAUGCCGAUCAGAAUGGGGAUAUCAGCCUCGAGGAGAUGGUUCGCAAGAUCGUGGAUAUUGGCAAGGAGCGCAAGGCGAUUGCGAACAGCAUGAAGGAUAUCAGCCAGGCGUUGGCUGCGUUCGACAAGGUCCUGCUGUUUGUCGUCUUCAUCAUCUGCAUCAUUAUUUUCCUGGCUGUUUUCCAGAGCAGCUUCAUUGGUACUCUGACGACUGCCGGUACCGCGCUGCUGUCUCUAUCGUUCGUUUUCGCUGCGACUACCCAGGAGUUCCUCGGUUCUUGCAUCUUCCUCUUCGUCAAACACCCCUAUGAUGUCGGCGACCGGGUCGAUAUUGCCGGUCCGGAGAAGGAGCAGUUGGUGGUCGAGAAGAUUUCGCUGCUGUAUACUGUCUUCACUCGCAUCGACAAGAUGCAGGUCGUUCAAAUCCCCAACAUCGUUCUCAACAACCUCUGGAUCGAAAAUGUGACCCGCAGCAAAGCCAUGAAAGAAACCAUCGACGUCAACGUCUCCUUCGACACCUCCCUCGAGGACAUCGAGCUCCUCCGCCAGGAAAUGGAGAAAUUCGUCCGCGCACCCGAAAACUCGCGUGACUUCCAGCCCGACCUGGGUAUCUCGGUCGGUGGCGUCGGCGACUGUGACAAGCUCACCCUCAAGAUCGCCAUCAAGCACAAGUCGAACUGGCACAACGAUGCCGUUCGCGCGGCCCGUCGUAACAAGUUCAUGUGCGCCCUCACCAUGGCUCUCAAGCGUGUGCCCAUCUACCCGCCUGGUGGCGGCUCGGAGCCGCUUGGUGGUCCCGGAAACCCGAGUUAUAGCGUUGCUGUGUCCGAUGAAUUUGCCGUUAGUGCACGGAAGAAGGCCGAGCAGGAUAAGGAGGCCAAGAGGCUCGCCAAUCAACUGGCUGAGCAGACUUCGGCGAGUGAUUCACGCUCAGUGCAUGAGCAACCGACUGAAACUCCUCUGGAGAGGAUUCCUUCCGCUAACUCGCCUAGUGCUUUGACAACUGGGUUCAAUUUGGGCAGACAGGAGUCGCAUACCCGUGGCCGGAGGAAACCUGGCGAGUCUCUUCCUCCAACGGCUGUGUUGGGAGACGAUAACGCAGUGUCGGUUGGCGUGACAUUGACCAGGACAUCAUCCUCCAUUAGCGCGACGAGGAGAGAUCACCGCUCGUUUGAUAUUGAACGGAAUGCUGGGGCGUCGCCUGACUGGGGCUCGUCAAAUCCUUAUGCGGGAAGCAGCCCAAGUCAGCAGCAGCAGCCGAAUCCGUAUGGACCGCCGAUAAGGCAGGCUACGGAGCCGGCUUAUCUGGGUGUGCCGUCCCAGCAGCAAGGGAGGGAUAUUAUUGGAGGAAGGCAACAGGGGCAGCAGAGUCCCGGCAGGCAAUGA